AUGUCUGACGAACUUAGCAAAUUGAGGAACCAGGUCGAAGAACUGCAGCAACUGGUGAAGAAGCAAAAUCUUCUCAUCAGCAAGACCGGGCAAUCAGUGCUGGAGUUGCAAGUGGCGAAGCAGAAAAGCGACGUUGAAGACUUCGACUCGAAAUACUCGGGUUUCAACAAGGGUGGCAAAACAAGCGUGACUGCAGCGUCCCAUGGCGACACGACCGAUUUUGCCACCAAUGAAGAUCUUGUGCAGCUGGUGGGCGAGCUUCAGGGUCAACUCGAAUCGAUCGAGGAGAGGUCCAUUAGAAGACUGGUCAACUCGACCAAAACCGAGAAAAAAGACUAUCUUGCGCCUCUUCCUAACUCUGACGGCGAGAUCCCAAGUGUCAGCGAGAGCUUCUUCCCACGCUCAUUGGGGGACUUCGAGUCUGUUUCCGAUGUUGACUUGUUCAAACUCGCCAAGUUCUACGAGCUAUUAGCCCCUAGCUUGAAAGAGCAAGAAAAGUUCGAAGAUUACUUGGAGGGUAAGCUAGAGAACUUCCACAUCAACGACAUGUCGGAAGAAGACGUCAAGAAAGAGUUGGCUAAUUUCACGGCCGACCAAUUGGUCGAAACUUUCAACGAUGUGGCCAGAUUCUUGGGUGUCAAGUCCAGAAGAGGCACUGAUAUUUGGUAA